GAACGGGGCGUGGUUUGAUACCGUUUGGGGGCGUGGUCUAGGAGGGGGCGUGGCUCACGUGGCGCCCCGGCACCUCGGGGCGCGCUCUGCAGCGCGGUGGCAGCGCGCCGUGACAGCUCUGCUCUGUCCCUUCUGCGCAGGGGUCGCCCGGCCCGGCCCUCCUCGGCUCCCCUGCUCGGCUGUGCCCCGAGGUGAGCCCCGCACCGGCACCGCGGGGAUCCGGGGGGACGACGGGCAACAGAGCUGUCCUGAGUGGAGCUGUUCCAGGGGCGGGCGGCAGCAGCACCUGGCACCCCUCAGCUCCCGGUGCCCCGGAGCCGCCGAUGGAGCGACCCAUGGCUGUGCCUCGCCAGGUGCUGGUGACGCUGGAGGAGGUGACUGUGUGCUUCUCAGUGGAGGAGUGGGCGCUGCUGGAGGAGUGGCAGCGGGAGCUGCACCGCGAGGUGACGGCAGCGACGGAGCAGCUGCUGGCAUCCCUUGGUGAAGAACUGGCGCUUCCCUCUGGCACUGCAGAUGCAGACGGACCACAAGAUGCAGCUACAGGGCAGGAGCCACGAGGACCCCCCAGCAGUGCGUCCCUCUGUGCCCUGGUACGCCUGGUGAGGGACAUCCCCCAGUUCCUCUUUGGCAGCUCCAAUGGUGCAGGGCCACGUGCUGCUGCUGGUGGGGAUAUGGCACUGCGAUCUGAACUUCUGGGUGCAGGUGGUGAAGCACAGGCAGCUCCAGAGAAUUCCAAUCUCAAUGUCUUGGAGCGAGCGGUACCGUCGUGGCAUGGCAGCCCCAGCAGCACAGCGCCCAUGGCACCGCAUUGGGUUAAACCAGAAGUGCUGGCUGAGAGCUCCCCGCUGUGGAGCGUGGAGAGGUGCCUGGAGGAGCUGCCGAGGGGGGACCCCUGCCCACCCAGGACCCCCAGCAGCAGUGAGGGGCAGCAGGCAGAGCUGGGAGGGCUGUGCUCGCAUGGAGGUGGGAGCAUUGGGCACAGCCCCCUGCAAGGGCUGCUCGACUGUCUGAGGGCCAUCACCAUCCCAACGACAUCGUGCCAUUCCCCACUGGGGGCUUCCCAUGGAACACGGGGGGCUGUAGAGCCAAGUGCCUUGAGGAAUGAGGGCCAGAGCCCCUCUGCAGCAGGCAAAGCCCUGGUGACACCGCGCUUCCACCAAAUGGAGAUCUCAAAGUGGAUGAGCAUGAACACAUCCAUUGGGGACACUGGGAGAGAGGAGCAGAGGGGGCUGGAGAUGAGCCCUGUGCUGGACGAGGCCCCACUGCGCAGUCUGCUCCGGUGUCUGAGGUCUGUGGCAGUGCAGGCGCCGUGCCGGAACCCUGUGGGUGCUGCACUGGCACUGAGUGGUGCUGAGGCAUCACCCCAACAUUGCCCCAGUGCAGGGACCACGGUGAGCCUUGCAGAGAACUGUGUGCUGGGAGACAGCUGCACUGAUGGCAGCACGUGGCUGUGUGCCCGUGUCCCUGCCAUGGGGACAGCGACCAAGAGACCCUCCUUGGGUGGCACCAAGCGCUCACCCUGCAGCUCCUGCAGCACGGCCACAGGGGCACUCAGGGCCACGUCCCCUCUGGGCUCCAGCACUCAUCCCAGGACUCGUCCUGGGCGGGUCCCUGCAUCCCCACGGAAGCACUGUGGCUGUGGGGGAACCUUGGAGCUGCGGGCAGAGUUGGCACAGCUGCGCACUGCUGUGGCAGAGAAGCUGCACCGACUGCGCCGGGACGUGGGCACGGCACAACGGGAGGUGUUGGGUGUGCGCAGCCGCUUGGCACGGCUGGAGCAGGGGGCACGGGGCAGGGCACGGGAUGUGGCUGCGCUCAUCCGCAGCCGCCGGCGCCUCCGUGAUGCCAUCCGGCGCCUGGAGGGACGCUGCUGGGCGCUGGAGAGCCGGGCCUGGCGUGGCAGCUGUGCGCUGCCCGACGGCUCCGAUGCUGUCACCAUCCUGCAGAUGGUGCUGCCGGCGGUGCUGGGCCUCGCGCUGCCUCGCUGUGGGUCCGGAGCAGCCAACAGCUCUGCAGCCCCACAGGAUCUGGGGGCUCUAUGACAGGACUGGUGCACUGCUCCCUAACCCAGGCCUGUUCUUAGCUGGGUCCCACCUGGGGAUACACAGCUGUCCCCAACUCCUCAGGUGGCCGUGGUGAGCUCACCCCCUCCUGUACCCCCUGUCUCCUGCCUCCAGUACGGGACCCCCUGCCCUGCAGUGUGCAUGGAUCUGUGCUGCAAUAAAGUGGGGCUGGUAAAGCUGAUUCGGUUUCAUCCAUGGCUCUGGACAGGAUCAGACCCUGUGCAGUCUGGGGAGCACAGGGGGAGCUCAGUUCCUGUGGAGCAGAAGGAAACCUGUGCAUGAGAGUGCACGGGCCCCACCACUUCCCACCUCUGCCCCUCAGUGCCAGGCAGCUUCUUGGCUCGGACAGCCCAUGUCCUCAUCCCGGUGCUGGCACUGAGCCCACCACAGCACCUACAGGCAUUGCCUGGCUCAUCACUGCCGAUGCCUCGCUGCUGAGUGACGCUGGUGACAUUUCCCGUGUGUCCCCCCCAGGCUGUUGGAAUGCUUCAGGAUGCAUCCAUACCCCGACUUAGGGUGUUCAGAGCAUCACACUCCAGUGCCCCUCACUCAUCCCAGUCUCCUGGAGUGCGUUUGGGGCUGUGCACCAUUCCUGCCCCAGGGCUGGGCAGUUCCAGAGCCGUGUCCCCACCAUCUGGCCCCAAAGCCAACAUCUCCAUCUGCUGCAGAGCUCUGAGGCAGCGUUUCACAGCCCAACAACGACUGUGGCUGAGUGAGUUUGCUGCUUGCCUUCAUUAACGCUAACUGGGCAGGUGUGGCUAAUUGGGGAAGUGUCCUACCUCUCCUUGUCCUCUCCCAUUCCUCAUUCUCCCCACUGACCAAAUAAACCUCAUUUAAUGGGAGUGGACAGGGCACCCGGGUCCUCCCUGUUUUUGGGGCACUGCAAGAGGGCAGGCUGGGAGGAGGCUGA